UAAAGCUUAACGAGUUUGCUGUAAACUUUCUGCGCAAUUUCAAGGAUUUAAGCAGGUGUUUUAAAACCCAACGUGGGCGGCCCCUUCUAGUGUAAACUGUCAGUUAUAUAUACAGAUCCUAGCGAACCUCCGAGGUUCGCUAUUUGAGUUGCUUCCCCACCCAUCGCAAGAAUGGGGGAUCACGCAGGUGGUUUUCCGCCGUCUCCUUUCAGAGACAGCAUUCUGGCUGGAAAGGUGGCGCUCAUUACAGGCGGUGGGUCAGGAAUCGGGUUUGAGAUAACCCGGCAGCUGGGGCUGCAUGGCGCCAAGGUGGUGAUCAUGGGGCGGAGAGAAGCGGUGGCGCAGGAGGCGGCAAACAGACUGAGAAGCCAAGGCGUUGAAGCCAUGGCUGUUCCUGGGGACGUGCGACUCCCUGCUGAUGCGCAGCGGGCGGUCGAUGCUGCAGUAGAGUUUGGCGGGAAGGGCAGACUGGACAUACUGGUCAACAGCGCGGCCGGAAACUUCCUGUUUCCAGUUGAGUCCCUCAGUCCAAAGGGCUUCCGGACGGUUCUCGAGAUCGACACACUGGGAACCUUUACCAUGUGCCAUGCCGCAUUCAAGGCGUUACGACGGGGGGGUUUGACGGCCAAGGACGAAGAGGAGUGCGAGGGCGAAGGGGGCCUCAUCAUCAGUAUAAGCGCAACGUUGCAGUACGGCGCGAGCUGGUACCAAGCGCACGCUUCCGCUGCCAAGGCAGCGAUUGACAGCUUAACCCGGAGCUUGGCCCUUGAAUGGGGACACCCGUACCGGAUACGAGUCAACGGGAUCGCGCCAGGGCCCAUCGCAGACACGACGGGGCUGUUCAAGCUGAACCCGGGUACCGAACUCCCCGACGUGUCGGAACUCGUCCCUCUGCGGAAAGUGGGGGAGACGUGGGACAUUGCGAUGGCUGCGGUUUAUUUGGCGUCUGGAGCGGGCAGGUGGAUAAGUGGGGAGACGGUGGUAGUGGAUGGCGCGCAUUGGCUUUGGAAGCCGCAAUUCUUUUCCCGGGAUGACGUCAAGGGUUUGUCUCGGUCGGUAGAGGCAAAGAGCAGAGUUCCCGGGAAUCUCGCGAAGAGCAAGUUGUGAUGUCUACCAUUUCGAUUUUCCUAGAGCAUGUGUUCCAUGUGAUCGCGCUAGUAUUAAAAUCAUUGUGUCGACAUCGCGUUGAGGCUCUUGAGCCACUGUCGAGGGGAAUAGACCAACUCGUGAACGCUUAAUGCUUCUCAAAGUGGAGCACUGUAUAAUAUUCAAUCAGGCAGCCAAUCACAGCGAUUUAUACUUCCAUUGGUCUGCUCGGACAGUAUGUGGAAUGUCGAACUUACGAGCACCGCUUUGACUGAUCUCAGUCUAUGAGUUCGCUUUCGACCCAAAACCUCUCAGGCCAAGCUUGAUUGCUGAUUGCACAAACAGAGUUGAGUGCAGGCUACCCAUGAUAAUCUUUUGGCAGGUGAGACUUGGAUUCAAACGAGUCGCACAUCUAAGCGGACGG